GUUUAUCCGCUGCCGAGCCAGUCCAACGUCUCUUUUCUCCAUCCAACGCCGUGUGAAGAACGGCGACUCGGUUGUGUGCAGUGAAAGCAGUAUCAAAUUACCGAGUCUGACUGAGCUUAAACCAUCACAUUCGUGUUCCACCGUGCUCCCUGUUCCUUUUAAUAUGACAAACAUUGCAUUGCUCGCCCUCCGAAAGUGACAACGUGCUGCAUAAUGUGUAACAUACAAAACGUCAUGUAAAAUCCCACCCCAAUGCCCAUUUAAAUAAGUAAAUACCUUGCCUACUCCAAUUUGUGAAUGUAUGCACGUACCACAACCGUCUCGCCAAUAACCAUCAGAAACAUUCGUACCCAUUUAAAUUUCUGAAACGAGGAGACUCGCAGUUGUUACAUGUCGUGGGAUCAGGAUACCUCACGUCACCCUCCUCCUUCCCCCACACAGCCAUUAACGUCGACAUCCUCUGUUGUUAUUUCUACCAACUCGGAGACCCAGAAUGACAAAAUCGUUGCUACAUGAAAAGCAUGCGGAUGAAGUUAUCUUUUUCAAUCUUUUCGAAUUUUUGGACUGAGCCCUUCCUCGCAAAGUUUUGCCAUUACGCGAAGCUAUUACUCCGUUCUGCUCAGUGAGUGGGGUUGUGAUUUUCUGAAUCUAAACAUCUCUCGUUUUUGCUUGGAGAAUAUACCACAACUUGGAAUUCAACUUUCCACUUUCUUAAUGGCAUUCACAACGUUGCUGCAACGUCUACUUGUCAUAAUCCACCACAACCCUUUAUCGUCAACAUCAUCAUCAUCAUCUUCUUCCUCAUAACAUAACUGCUGUCAGUUGUGAGCAUUUGAACUCGGAUCAAGAUGAAGAUGGAUGUACCUUAAUUCAGAUUCAAUUGAAAGUCAAUUCUCCCAGAAUGAUGAACACGAAGGUCGGAGAAGAGUCGUCUCAUCACAAAUAGAGAAAGCAGCUCAACUUGUUCAACUCGGUUGCUGGCAGCAGCACUUGUCUGAGCAGUCGAGGCGAGUCAAAUAGUGUUGGUGGGUGAGUGAGUACUGUUGCCAUUCGUAUUUAUACGGCUUCCUUGCUCCGGCUGAAACUUUCUCAGUGAAUGCGUUUCCAUCCGACCGCUUCUCCUUCUUCUUCUUAAAUUACGUCGCUACAAAUUCCACAUCACCAAGAAAGAUUCAAUACGUGCAGAUAAACACCAUGCACACGAAGAAAACAAAGCUUAUCGUCACGAACUGUUAUGCAUAUGUAUGCGAUUAUUCAAUGGGAUGAUUUCUCCGCUAAUACUUCAAUCAUUGCUCCCAAGGUCUGAGUGAUCUCGUGCAUUUUUAACGCAUCAUUCCUCAAACUCGCUGCAUUCUGGAUCAUUAUCUCCUCUUCAUUUCGGCAACUGAAGUGAAAGCAGGCAGGCAAAGGAAAAGUUGGUUGCCAAAGAAAUUAAACUUGCCGACUCUUUCGUCGUCCACGCAGAGAACGAGAAAAUAGUAGUCGUCGCCCAGUAUUCGAAGGAACUGAGCAACCAUCAACCUCAUCCUACAUCACCGACAGGAAGGAAGGAAGGAAAGGAGGCUGCCGAUGUUGACUCAAUGAAACUGCCUGUCACGUCGGCGAGCAAAACCUUGGCUUGGGGUUGGCUACAGACUUUCUCCUCCUCAAGGUUAGAUUAGAACUUGAAGAUGAAAAAGUGAGAACAAGGUGCUCACUCUGGAACUCACUCUGGGCGACCCUACACAAAAUAAUGACCAAAUAUAUUAACUUUUGAUUCCGAUUCUGGUCGUUUUUUCAAUGACCAGCAAUUGAGAACGUGGAGGGUGACUCACGUUUUGCAUGUGCACAUGUACUCGGAGUUGUCGGAUGCAACCUCAUCAAGAUCGUCUUGGCCUUGGUCGUUGGAGGCAGUGCGUCGGUGGGGCUGCAGUUCUAAAUAAAUCUUUCAUUCUCCCGUCACAAUUUCCCUACGAGAUAUUUUUCUCGUGGACUUUCUCUCUCGUGCUCUUUUUCUGCAAGUGACGGAGUGUACUUCACUAUCCUGAUUUUCUGAGUGGAAUGUCAGCUCUUGUUUGUCUUAUUCAUGCGGAAGUGCUGUAGAAUGGAGACGAGCACUGCGAAAGAGAAAUUCCUCGUUAUCUCAAAAUUUAGAAUGUUGCUGCCCUAAAGUGCCCUCUUUGCUUCCAAAGAGCUUCAAUCACCCAGACCCGAACUAACCACAUCCAUCACAUUAAACUAACCGAAAAGUACUGCCGCUAUUUGAAAUAACAUUACGCCGUGCCUCCCCGUUAACUGAGUGGUCCUUCACUUGUCCCGUUAAAUAACCCACGACUUUUAAUCGUUUGAAUAAACUUGGCAGCCAGCUAAUUGAAUCACUUUACAUAUUUGUUGAUGGAAUUUACUUACUUUGCGAAUAAAAACCUCUCAGUUGACGUAGCAGUGAGAAUAAAAAGUAGGAAAUAUCUCAUCAAAAACGUAUAAUCCUCUGUGCUACCGGGUGGAUUCAGCGAAUGAAUGUAAUUGGAGCCGACAAGUGGAAGAUGAGAUCGGAAUCAACAUGACCAGACUAAACAUUAAUGUGACAUUUAUAGUUUUACAAAUGAUGAACCUGCAGAAUCGCUGAAAAAUCUAACGUUUUACUGAUAUCCGUUUGCAAACUAUAUAAAAUAUUCUAGUACGAAGGAACAGAGGAAUAUGGUUUACCCCAAUAAACGGGGAACUAAAAAUAUGGGAAGUUGUGACUUUUUAGAACAAAAACUGAACUUAAGAACCCUUAGCGUAUGCACGUAUAUCUUGCCAUUCGAUGGAUGUAUGAACGUGCGAGACAAAAAUCCAACCCAUUUAGAUUGCAGUUCGUCCUAAAGUGGUUCCAUUUGCUGAUUAUAUUCAUAAAUCCUCGAUAGAUUUUUUGUAUUAUAAGUAUAUUCUUUCACUAACAAGUUGUAUUUAUAUACAUUUAGCCCAAUAUUUAUUGGUGGCAAGGUGCUGUGUCAUAUUUUUCGUUCAACAGAUCAAAUAGAUAUAUAUGCAUGCAGAAAUGAUGCUGAGUUUGUGCCCCAAUUGUUGAACAAGGAGAAAGGUGCUUCAUUAUGAUAAAAACAUGUAACUUAUAAAAUGCAGAACCUCGGUAACAACAGAUGUUUGAUGGUACAACUACUACUGAAAAAGUAACAAUGGAAAAGUUCUGGGCACGAUACACUUUACACAAAACCCGACAUGUCACAUAUCACGACUAUUUAAACAACAUUACACAUUGUCAGUUUGCCCGCAUAUGUUUUGUCGAAAUGCCACUUUAACCCAGCGCCCUGAACGUAGCAGCUCGGGAACGAAAUUGAAACAAAAUGGCAAUGUACGAUGCUGGAGGUGGUUAUCGCCUUAGAUCCAUGAGAUCGGGGAACGCUGUUCCCGAAGGAGAAAUGGACGCUCUACUACUUGGCAAAACCAGGGAAUUGGUGGCUGCCACACCCAGUCAAAGAAAUUGGAAAGGAAUCGCAAUUGCCCUUUUGGUCAUCUGUGCUGUUCUUGGACUCAUAAUUUUUUCCAUUUACCUCCUCCUCCCACCAGAUGAAGGGCCUCGUGUCAAAGGAAGAAAAGUCACCGUGGAGGAUGUCACGUCGUCCCAUUUUGUCGUGGAGCCGUGGAACGGUACUUGGAUAUCAGAGACAGAGCUGUUGGUGAGAGACUAUUUGGGCGGACUCUCGCUGCUCAAUGUGGAAACCCUGAAUCUACGCCCUUUCAUUGCCAAUACCACUUUUCGGCGACUUGAUGCCCGAAAAUUCUUCGUUUCUCCGGAUAGAAAAUUCAUACUAUUUGCCCACGAGGAUCAGCCCAUUUGGCAAAAUUCAUUCCGCGCUAAAUAUACAGUUUAUGAUAUUGACAAUGAAUUCCAAAUCGUUGUGACUCCAUUCGCGGAAGUGAGUCCUGACCAAGAUCAGCCAUGGAUUCAAUAUUGUACUUGGGUUCCGGGAACAACCUCAUUAAUAUUUGUCCAUGAGAAUGACAUUUAUUAUAAACCGGACCCCCGAAGCUCACGCACGUCCCGGAUAACGACAACAGGCCAAGAGGGAGUUAUAUACCACGGGAUCCCAGAUUGGUUAUAUGAAGCUGAGAUUCUCAAAUCCAAUGCGGCCAUAUGGAUGUCCGGCGGCCAGUAUUUCAUCUACGCCUCGUUUAAUGAUUCUAAAGUUGGAGUUCAGUCAUACCACUGGUAUGGAGACAAUCUCUCCUAUCCCAAACUCAGAACUCUUCGCUAUCCCAAGGCUGGGACGACAAAUCCAAGCGUAACUUUAUCGGCCGUAAACUUACGGUCCAAUAUACUAAAUUCCAUUCCAUUAAAGCCGCCCGACCAGGUUGAUAUCAGGGAUCACUAUUUCAGCGCAGUUAAGUGGAUCACAAAGGAGCUCGUAGUCGUAGUUUGGAUGAAUCGGCGACAAAAUGUUUCUAUUAUUUCAACUUGUCAAAGCCCACGAUUCCAGUGUCAAGAGAUUUACACAGUGAAAAACCCUGGGACCGGAUGGCUGGACUUUAUCGACCCACCUUUGUUUUCUCAAGACAGUAAAACCUGCCUUUUACGCAUUCCCUGGCGUGAUGGGGAAGCAGGGUAUUUUCGCCAUGUCGUUUGGCUAGAUAUUAGCAGCCGAAAAGAAAUCCCAAUCACUCGGGGGCCAUUUGAAGUCACAGAGAUUGUUGCUUGGGACCAAGCCAGCCAAUACAUAUAUUUUAUAGCCGCUCCACAAGGCGCCCCUGGCCAGCGCCACUUGUACAGAGCAUCAGAAAAAUCUUCGAAUUCCACAGUGAUAUCCGCUCCCUUGUGCAUGAGCUGCAUUGCGAACUCUUCCGUGUCCAAAGUUGUCAAAAAAUACCAAACAGGGCCACAGUUCUUGAGAGACGAGUUGGUGGAACUGGUCACGUCGAAUGGGUCGCAAGAGACCAGUCGUUCACCCUCCCCUCCUCCCUCGGGGGCAGAAGAGGGCUCGAUGCAAACCAUGCUGGUGACCGUGAAUGUGACGAGUGCAUCUCCCAAUGCUUCCAGCGUAACGAUUUCCAAACGAAUGCUAUUGAGACUUUCUCCGUGUUUGUACAACAAAGUGACGUUUAGUUCAGAUAAUAGAUUUUUUGUGCGAGAGUGUCUGGGUCCUGGUGUUCCCUUCGUGACUUUACAUACAGCCCCGUUGGGCCGUUUAUUGUACGUUCUUGACAACAAUACGGCGUUAAAGCAAGAAGUGGCAGAUUUAGGACUUCCGGUCAUACGAACUUUCUCUGUGGAAGUUAGCGAUGGCUAUAAAGCUCCAGUCAAACUUUAUCUACCACCAGGUCUUCGAGAAGAAGAAGAGUUCAAAUUUCCUUUAGUGCUUCAUGUGAAUGGAGAACCCGGAUCUCAACUAGUCUCUGAGAAGUGGAGCCUAUCAUGGAAUGCCUUCCUGGUCAGCCAAAAGAAUUAUAUUCUCGUUGAGAUUGAUGGGCGUGGAACUGGAUUCCAAGGAGAAAGCAAUCGUCACGCAGUUUACAGAAAGUUGGGAACUUUGGAAGUCACUGAUCAAAUCGAGGCAGUCAUGGAUCUUGUGAAGAGACUUCCAUUUAUUGACAAGGACAACAUGGCCGUGUGGGGGUGGGGAUAUGGAGGAUACGUGACCACUGCCAUUCUAGCAUUGGACGGGAAGGACAAGGACAAACAACUUUUCAGGUGUGGAAUUGCCGUUGCUCCAAUCACAAAAUGGGAAUUCCACGCCUCCACAUUCACGGAACGAUACAUGGGGCUCCCAAACUUUACGGACAAUUAUCGAGGCUAUGAAGAUGCCGACUUGACACGAUAUGUCAAAGAACUCCAAGACAAAAAUUUGUUUAUCAUUCAUGGAACUGCUGACAUUCGAAAUCACUACCAACACACGCUUCAUCUCACAAAAGCUCUCGUAACGCAUGGAACCUCGUUCAUGGAGCAGAUUUACCCAGAUGAGGGGCACCUAUUUAAAGGCGUGCUUUCCCACUUGUACAUGACACUAGAAAACUUUUUGGACAGCAAUUUCGACUCUAUGGAUUGGGAAGACUAUGAAAAAGCAAACUUUCUUGGGAUUCAGAUUGAUGAGAUGGCUAUUUUACUGCAAAGUUCAUGACCUGCCCCUCGAGUGGCUGCGGUGACAAAUUAACCUUCUAACUAUUCAAAAGCGACUGGCAGUAGUGUGUAAAGAGUGAUCGUGUGAUGUACCUACAACGUAUUGUUGGAUAAUUUUAUUGAAAUUUUGAAAAUUGUGUUUGUUGAACUGUAUCGUCAUUUAUGCAUCCUUUUCCCAAGUACAAAAGCACGUAAUAUGUACAAAGGUACUUAGGAAGCCAUAGCAAGCAGUCAACUUUCACCAGUUUCACAGCGAUGAUGAAGACCGAGUUAUUAUCAACCUACAUUUUCGUACGAUGGUCGAUUUUGAGUGUACUAAUUUAUCAACCUGAAUCUGGACGUCUAUUUGGACACCACUUUCAUUAAAGCGUGUAGCACUAUCAAAUGUAUAUGAAUUUGAGUGAAGUUGUACUAGUUAUGUAGUUCUAAAUUAGUGUGUGUUCUAGUUUGACAAUUUUUACAUACUCACUUCUUAAUAAUCUUGGAUAUUGUCGUUUUUUAUCAAUCUUAAAUUAAUUCAUUCCUUCCGUUGAUAUUUUGCAACUAAAUAAGCGCUUCCCAAUGAUAUCUGUUUGGCAUGAUUUUUAAGGAGCACUUACUGCUAACUGCACUGAUUAUUUAUUUAUGUGAGACUAUUUUUGUGACACCACAUUUUUUGUUGUUUUUAUUCUAGAAGCAAAAAGAGAUUAUUUUCUUGAAGCAGAAGUUGGAAAUUUCAUCUGUUGAACUAUGUCCAUGUGUCACAGCUACAUGUCCUUCGUUCAUUGUUUGCAAACUGUGAGCCGAGUUUUUAAGCUGCUAAAUACAAUUUGCUGCUAGCUUUAUUCAUUCCACGUACAGAAGCUUAUAUGUUUCAUGUCAUGUCCAUCUAUCUAAUUGUAAAUUUUGUAAAUGUUUUUAUUAAUUGAAAAUGUGUAAUUCUAAGCUGCACAGUACAUGUAUUAUAUGAAUUAUAUUACUACAAAUUUAAAUUAAAUAAUUAUGUGCUCUAAUUGUUAAGACGAAAGUGUGCUAUGUUCACAAGGUUAUCUCCUCUCAACGACCGGACGAGAUUUACAAGAUUGUUGUGAUAAAGCUUAGUUGAUAAAGAGAAUCGGUAUCCUUGUAAUCUGUGCUUGCCAUUCUAAUGCGUAAACUAGAAUGAAGAAUGGCGACAACAAACAACCUCAGUCGGUUAGACACACGCAUUACUAUUUGUGAGUAGAAAUUGGAUAUAUUUAUGAGUAAGUAUGUGUAUAUGUUGGGUGGGAUGGCGCUAUAAAAAAUGCGAUAAAUUGCGUUGCGAACAAUGCGUGAUACAUAUGUAUUUAGAAAUAUCUUGUUAAAUUCGACAUAUGUAAAACAUGUUUUGAAUUUGUUCUGAAAAAUAAUUUGUAAAGCUUGUCGGAAAUAUUGUGGUGAUCAACCAACCAAUCUUGUUAUUUUUUAACUGGUAAUGCGUCAUGUAUUAUAUAUGCGAGAUGAGAGCAGAUUUCCUUUAACUGAAAACAACUAUGAUCUCACGAGUUAAUUGAAAUGUUUUAUUUUAGCCAAUAUUAUAGGUACUGAAUGUGAUUCAAACAGAGCUGAAAUUUAGAUAAAGUCGACAAGAGAGUGAAUAGCGGACGUUAAUAACCACUAAAGACGACGACGAGGAGGAGGUUACGAAAAAUUACUCAUUCGCAGUCAUUCUAAAUACAUUAGUGUAUUCUUUUAGGUUGAUAAAAUACAUAUUUAAUGAAACGCUAAGGUAUCUUUAACGUUAGAAUCUCGUCGCUUAACUCUGGUCAAAGUUUAAAAUGUUAUCUUCCUAUAAAUACUUUUAAAUUAAGACACUAUAAUU